AUGGAUGCGCUACUUUCCAUAAAGAUGAGGGUCGGUGAAACCCUUCGGAGUUACGCCAGUCGAUAUUGGGAACUAUACAACGAGAUCGGUGAAGGAAAUAAAAAGAUAGCGGCAAGCACCUUCAGGAUGGGGCUCCCCGAGGAUUCUGAACUAUGGGCGUCGCUGACGAAAAGACCUCCCGAGGAUAUGAGGCAACUUAUGAGGCGCAUUGAGGAGUAUAAGCGCCUGGAAGAUGAUCGGCUGCAAAAUAAGGGGAAAGCUCGGUUACUCGGCAGAUCUCGGCAGGGCAUUAUUCCGGCAAGAUCGAAAAAAAAUUUCAGGAUGCAGGAACCAGAGGCGCAAAUUGAAGGAGUUAAUGUGGCGUUCAAAGAGCCUGUGCACAAAAUUCUAGAUCGAAUUAAGAACGAAUUGUUCUUCAGGUGGUCGAACAAGAUGGGGGGUGACCCAUCUCGGAAGAAUCAAAACUUGUACUGCACAUACCACAGGGAUAAAGGGCACACCACCAAGCAGUGUUAG